AUGAUAAAUAUCAUCAAUUGGAGAAACAUCUAUGUACUAACGAUCCCACUACGGAUCGUAUUCACAUUAUCAAACUCGUACAUACAUCCCGAUGAACAUUUCCAGUCGCUAGAAGUUCUUGCAAACAAAAUACUAGGGGUUGAAACCAAUAUACCAUGGGAAUUCAGUAGCACUGCUCCAGCUAGAAGCUACGGUCCAUUAUACCUCAUAUAUAGUCCAGUUUUAUACUUGAUUAAAGUACUAAAUUUGAGCUUAUCCCCAAUACAAAUUUGGUAUAUUCUUCGAUUGCAAAAUUGUCUAAUCAGUUGGUUAGUCACUGAUUUUUGCUUGUACUGGAUGUUACCCAUAAAACAUGAACGAAUCAAGGCUAUAUUCUUCACACUGACUUCAUUCGUUACUUUGGUUUUCCAAAACCAUUUGUUUUCAAAUAGUGUCGAGACUGUGUUAUUGAUUUCUACAAUUUACAUCAUUGAUGAUUUAAGAUAUAUUGAGGAGAAUCGAGACUUGCAUGAUGUCAAUAAAAUCACUUCUAUAUUUUCUUUAGGAGUGUUGGUAUCGAUUGGAAUCUUCAAUAGAAUUACAUUUCCGGCCUUUUUGAUUCUCCCUGGUUGGUUUGUGCUCAAGUAUUUUACUAGUCAUGCACUAUCGCUCAUUCCUUUGAUAUUUGGGUUUAUUUUACCAUCCAUGGUAUUUGUACUAUUUGACACUCAGAUGUAUCAAUCACAACAGUUUGUUAUCACACCAUUGAACAAUUUGCUUUAUAAUGUGAACGUUGACAAUUUGGAAUUACAUGGCACUCAUGUUUGGUGGCACACUUACUCGCCUCCAUCUUGGUUCUUGGCAAGUCGUUCAGUUGAAACCGUGACACUAGAUGGUGUCAGGAGUAGUACCAAAGACUUUACUUUAAUUGAUGCAAUGGGACUGGACUUGGAUCAUGUCGAAGCAUUUUUGUACAGAAGAGACCAACCUACGUACAUUAUUACUCCAGUUGCUUCGUUUCAUAAUUUCAACGCUACUCGCUUUAAACCAGUUUACAACUACACCUACCACAUCGAUUUAGAUCAUAUAGACUGGUCGAAUUUCCAAUUAGGCUUGGGCAUUUACGAGUUAAUCAUAUAG